ACCUUCGCCAGCCUUGGCGACAGUUUCAGGGAGGGGUUCUUGGACUUGGAUCCCCCCUGAAUGCUUAACAAGGUGGGAACUGCAUCCGCGUCUUCAAGGAGAGUCGUGGGGCUCCUCGCCUCGGGACUGGAGGGCAGAGAUCUGACCAUGAGUUACCCAGGUUACCCCCCGCCCGCAGGUGGCUACCCACCAGUUGCACCAGGUGGUGGUGCCUGGGGAGGUGCUGGCUACCCCCAGCCCAACAUGCCCCCUAUUGGGCUGGAUAACGUGGCCAACUACGCAGGGCAGUUCAACCAGGACUACCUCUCAGGAAUGGCAGCCAACAUGCCCGGGACGUUUGGAGGAGCCAACAUGCCAAAUCUUUACCCUGGGGCUCCUGGGGGUGGUUACCCUCCAAUCCCCCCUGGGGGUUUUGGGCAGCCCCCUUCCACCCAGCAGCCUGUUCCUCCGUAUGGAAUGUAUCCAUCCCCUGGAGGAAACCCGCCACCUGGGAUGCCUUCAUACCCGCCAUACCCAGGGGCCCCUGUGCCAGGCCAGCCCAUGCCGCCUCCUGGACAGCAGCCCCCAGGGGCCUACCCUGGGCAGCCACCAAUGACCUACCCUGGGCAGACACCAAUGCCACCUCCUGGGCAGCAGCAACCGCAGCCAGUGCCAAGCUACCCAGCAUACCAAGGGUCCGGGACCGUCACCCCUGCCGUGCCCCCAUCGCAGUUUGGAAAGCGAGGCACCAUCACAGAUGCUCCUGGCUUUGACCCCUUGCGAGACGCCGAGGUCCUGCGAAAGGCUAUGAAAGGCUUUGGGACGGAUGAGCAGGCCAUCAUCGACUGCCUGGGGAGUCGCUCCAACAAGCAGCGGCAGCAGAUCCUCCUGUCUUUUAAGACCGCUUAUGGGAAGGAUUUGAUCAAAGAUCUGAAAUCUGAACUGUCAGGAAACUUCGAGAAGACCAUCUUGGCUUUGAUGAAGACCCCAAUCCUCUUUGAUGUUUAUGAGAUAAAGGAAGCCAUCAAGGGGGCCGGCACUGAUGAAGCCUGCCUGAUUGAGAUCCUUGCCUCCCGCAACAAUGAGCACAUCCAGGAACUGAGCAGAGCCUACAAAGCAGAAUUCAAAAAGACCCUGGAGGAGGCCAUUCGAAGCGACACAUCAGGACACUUCCAGCGGCUCCUCAUCUCUCUCUCUCAGGGAAACCGGGAUGAAAGCACAAAUGUGGAUAUGUCACUUGUCCAGAGAGAUGUUCAGGAACUGUACGCAGCUGGGGAGAACCGCCUGGGAACAGAUGAGUCCAAGUUCAAUGCAAUCUUGUGCGCCCGGAGCCGGGCCCAUCUGGUGGCAGUUUUCAACGAGUAUCAGCGAAUGACAGGUCGAGACAUUGAGAAGAGCAUCUGCCGGGAGAUGUCGGGGGACCUGGAGCAGGGCAUGCUGGCCGUGGUGAAGUGUCUCAAGAAUACCCCUGCGUUCUUUGCUGAGAGGCUGAACAGGGCCAUGAGGGGAGCAGGAACAAAGGAUCGGACCCUGAUUCGCAUCAUGGUGUCUCGCAGCGAGAUCGACCUCCUGGACAUCAGAAUGGAGUACAAGCGGCUGUAUGGCAAGUCGCUGUACCAUGACAUCACGGGAGACACCUCGGGGGAUUACCGGAAGAUUUUGCUGAAGAUCUGUGGUGGCAACGACUGAGCGGUGACCAGUGGCUCACUAACAGCAGCAGUGAUGCCAGGAAGAGGCCAAAAGAAUGUCUGCCUGUUUCUAUCAAACCACAAAAUAUCCCCCGACCCUGCCCCAGUGUCCCAGUGCGACCACCCGUAGAGCCCUGGCCCUGUCCUCCACGCGCCCCCGAUCCUGUAUCGUGCCCCUGCCGAAGGGCUGGAUUGGUCUGGAGCGCUCUCAGGAUGCCGUUUCCCCGCCCCCUCACAGCCUCUUGCUGCUAAAGUAGAUGUUUUGUUUCCUGACUCACGCAGUCAUUCCCCUUUGCUUGUAGCUGAGACACUCGGCUUCAUUUUAGUCAUGUGAUUUUACUGUUUAUUUUGGAGGCAUUUUUUUAUAGUCACUGCCAGGCAGGUGCCUAGACUCUGCUGCCACACCCAUUUCGGAGGAUAGCAGCCAGGCGGGGGAACGCCACAUCCUCACUGAGGAGCAAAAGGGAAGACCUUUAAGGGCAGUCUUUGAAUCUGGUGAGAAUGUGUCAUAAGCUUUGUUAUUGCCAAACUCACUGCUUUUUAGAGAAAACAGAAAAAACGCCAGAAAGUCAUCUGUUCCUUCUUCCACAUAAAACCAUGAAAACAAAGCCAGCUCCCUGACAGUUACAGGGAGAAUGUGCCUUAAACCUGGAUGUUGAUAGCCAAAAGCUGUUUCUAAAUUAAAGUCUGCCAGCUCUGGAACAUUCUGGAAAUGUU